AUGGCAAAAAAUCUCAAGCGAUUGAUGAAGCGUUUCGGUGACGAAAUGGGCAAGUUGGCGUUUGCCGAUCCAGUGGCAUACGUUUACAACCCCCUCGACUACGCUUGGGCCGGCCAGGAAGCAUUCAUCCACAAAUUCUUCGGUCCCCCCUCGGAUGCUGACACGAAUGAAGAUGACCCGGAACCGCGGCCGACCAUGCUCGUGGGCAUGAACCCCGGGCCUUACGGCAUGACCCAAAGCGGGGUGGCGUUCGGCGCUCCCAAGCUGGUGAGGCACUGGAUGGAGAUCGACCUCCCGCCCGACGCCAUCCAUCCACCGGCGGUGGUGUGUCCCGCACGACCCAUCUUCGGCUUCUCUCCUGUGCCGAUCACUUCGACACCCACUGCGGCGGACACAGAAGCAAAGGGCAAGAAGAAGAGGAAGCGCGCACCACCACGGCCGCCUUCGCUGAGGGAGGAGGUGAGCGGAAAGCGGAUCUACGCCGACUGGGCGAUGAACACCUACUCCUCGGCAGACGCCUUCUUCAAGGAGUUCUACAUUCACCCCUACUGCCCGCUGCAGUUCAUGGCCGCCAGCGGAACGAACAUCACGCCCGACCAGCUCCACAGGGACGAUCGCGCCGAACUGUACGGGGUGUGCGACCGCUACUUGCGCGAGGCGAUCGAGCUGUUGCGGCCCAAGCGAGUCAUCGGCAUCGGUAACUUUGCCGAUGAGCGCAUCCGAGACACUCUCAAGCGCUGGCGAGAGGAGCAGGAAGAAGCCGGCGAUGAGAAUGAGCUCAUGGAGAAGCUCGUGGUGGGCAAGAUACCUCAUCCCAGGCACGACCCUCUCGAUCUGCGCUCAGUACUGGUGGUGGCCAGAUCUGUUGACCUUAGAUGA